GUAGUUUCCGACGGAUGACCGACCUCGAGUCCUCAGCCAACCUCUCCUAUCGCAGCGCCGCCGCGGAGCCGUAGACACAUUCUUCGGUGUUUUUGUGUCAUUUCAAAGACAUUAAUCAUGGUUUUCGAGAGGAAGAUGCUCACGUACGGAGACCCCGAUGACGAGGAGGAAGAUGCACCUGGUGAGGAAGAAGAAGAGGAGGAGGAAGAGGAAGAAGAAGAAGAAGAGAUGGUGGACCCUUUAGAAACGAUACGGGCGAAGUGUGAGCAGACCGAACACUGCGUGCACUACAAGGAGCGCCUGGAGGCCUGUGAAGCUCGGGUCGGCUCCAGAUCCAGCACAGAAGAGGAAUGCACAGAAGAACUCUUUGACUUCCUGCAUGCACGAGACCAUUGUGUUUCACACAAGCUGUUCCACAAUGUGAAAUGAUGUGCAUGCCCUCACCUCCCCAGAUUAGAGUCUAUUUAACUGUUAAACAAUGUAAAAUACUCGGUUCCACCCUGAAAUCCAGGAAAACCUUCAGUGUGUAUUUGUCAAGGUUGUUGCUACGAUGUGUUGUUGGCACUUAAUUUCAACAGUUAAUGCAAAGAAAGACUCAGACUGUCAUGUUUUAAUGUGGUUCUGAUGUAACGGCAAGAUCACUGCUCCAACAGGGCUUUACCUCAGGCUCCGUCGUGGAUUUUUUUUUCUGGAUGAGAAAAUAAAGGUUUUCUUUGGUUUCCACUUGA